CAACUUUUGGUGAAUUUAAUUAGCUUGACCCAGUGAGGUUAAUUUGCGCCGGAUAUGUGUAAUGGCCCUAGGUAAAGAAUAAAGAUUAGGAGCACUGGACUCACGUGUAUACUGAAAUGAAAGUUCAGAGAAACAGGAAGGUAUGGGGAAAGCGGGCAGCGGUUAGACCCAGCCCCAUUCGCCCAAAUUUGACAAAAGAAUAUUAUUAAUACCCAGAACAUGUCAAAACGACUGCACAUUAAUAGUCAGCAUGGAUGGGUCAUGGCCUCAUGGGAGAGAGAGAGAGAGAGAGAGAUUGUACGGGCAGAAGGGAAGGAGUCUGGUACUCUGGUCAGAGAAAAAACAAUGCAGGUGAAGAAAGAAAGAGUUGGGUCAGGUCAAUCCCCGAUCCCGGGCAGUCAAAUCUAUCCAAAAUUUCAACGUAAUCGGCAUCUGACUUCUUCCCACCCUCCCUCCUGUCGUCGUCUUCCUUCCUUUCUUAUGAAGUGGUUGAGUUCACUAUUUAUAUAUAUAUAUAGCAAUUCAGCAAAGCCAAAAGGCAGAAUUAAUCCAGAUCAUCUCAAGCAGCAAGCUCCCAUCUGAAGCUCAUCCAUCUUAAUUCCUUUCUCAGUUCCCAUCAAUCACAAAUCACUCCAAGAAACUGCAUUUUUUUUGCAACCAAAAUAAUCGUCACAGAAGGCCUGAAAUCCCAUCAUCAAUGGCUUGCUAUAGCUCCAUAAGAACCAUUUCAUCGACAUCGCCCUUUUCCAAUCCUCCUCCCCGCGCCGCCGCAAUUUCUGUCCCUAAGCUCCCCAUUCGAAUCUCCCUCCCCAAAUUCCCCACUUCCUCCGCCAACCAAACCCGUCAUCUCACCUUCCAAGUCCAACCUUUAUCGGAAACAAUCCGCGUCACGGAACACGUCAUCCCUACUACUACACCGGAAGCAGCCGUAACAACUACAUCGCCGGUGGCCGCCGAGCUGUACUACGCGGUCCUGGAGUCGAUCGCGGACAGGAUCGAGAUGCACGGCAACGUGGCAGUCCAGCGGGACAACUGGAACUCCCUCCUCCUCUCCUCCAUCAACAUGUCCAUCCUCGCCGCCACCACCAUGGCCGCCGUUUCCCCCUCUGUCUCCGCCGAUCAUUCCCUUCCCUUGGCUCUCGGCUCCACCAUUCUCUUCGCCGCGGCGACCGGCCUGCUGGCGAUCAUGAACACCAUCCAGCCCUCUCAGCUCGCGGAGGAGCAGCGCAACGCCGCAAGAUUGUUCAGGCAGCUCCACUCCAAACUAAACGGGCCCGGAAAGGCCCAACCCACAAAGGCCCAGGUGGAAGACGCGGUGGAAAAAGUGCUGGCCAUUGACCGCGCUUAUCCUCUCCCCUUGCUCGGGAAAAUGAUCCCCAAGUUCCCCACCAAGUUCCAACCCGCCGUUUGGUGGCCCCGCACAGAGUCACCCAAACGGCGCCGUAGCGCCAAAGGUAGAAAUAGCAACAACGGAUGGAGCGAGGAGCUGGAGGCGGAGAUGCGGGAAGUCUCGGGAGCAUUGAAGAGUAAAGACAAGGAGGACUACGAGAAGCUUGGAAGCUUGAUGCUCAAGAUAAACAAGACUCUAGCCGUCUCGGGACCCGUGCUAUCCGGCGUGGCGACGGCCGCCUCUGCUAUGGGUCUGGUCAACGGUAGUAACAAUGGGUGGGCCGCGGCGGUGGCGGUGGCCGCCGGUGCGAUGGCCACGGCCGUGAAUACGUUGGAGCACGGCGGGCAGAUCGGGAUGGUGGUGGAGAUGUACAGGAACUGCGCCGGGUUUUUCAAUCAGCUCGAGGAAUCGAUCGAUUCCACUCUCGGCGAAUCGGGAUUUGAGGAGAGAGAAAAUGGUGAGGUGUUCGCGAUGAAGGUCGGGCUGGCGCUCGGAAGGAGUCCGGCGGAGGUCAGGGAGCUGGCUGGCAAAUGUGCUUACAGUAGGGAGGAAGGCACGCCGUUGGAGGAGUUUACUAGCAAGUUGUUCUGAUGAUCGUUCUUUUUGAUAGUAUACACGUACAUUAUUAGUUUGUAAUUAGGGUUUAUAUUAGUACUAAGCUAGCUAGGGAUCGGGGAUUGAACAUAAUCCAUAAUCCCCAAUUAAACAUUAUUUGAUCGGUUCUUUCAUAUUCAUUCUUCUUUAAUCAAUCUUAUUCAAAGUGAGGGAAAAAAACAAGUGUGACUUAGGGAUGGCAAUGGGUCGGGUCGGGGGCGGAUAGUGCAUAUCUGUUACCCUACCCAAAAUAGUUCGGGUUUUACCCAUACCCACAUAAGAAACGGGUAGAAAAUUC